AUGGACGCCUCCUCCCUCCGCAUCUCCAAGUUCGAUGGAACUAACUUCCACGCCUGGAAGUUCAAGAUGCAGAUGGUGCUGGAGGAACGGGACCUAUGGGAGGUCGUCAGCGGUGAGAUCAAGGCGGAACAGUGCGAGACUCAGUUGGACCAAGCGACGUACAAGAGGAAGUCAAGAAAGGCGAUGGCAGUGAUCUGUCUAGCCAUGGAAGAUUCCCAGCUACCGUUGGUCCGGUCGGCAAGUGGUGCAUGCGACGCAUGGUCAAGGUUGGAAGACCACUUCGAGAAGAAGAGUCUUGCCAACAAGCUGUUCUUGCGCCGUCGCUUCUUCACGACAAUGAUGGAAGAAGGCGACGAUGUGCUCGAACACAUCAACAAGCUCAAGACGCUGGCGGAACAGCUAGAAGCGGUGGGGGCUCCAGUCUGCGAGGACGAUCUGGUGAUCACACUCCUCGGCAGCCUGAGUGACUCGUAUCAAUUCUUGAUCACAGCUUUGGAGUCGCGCUCAGACACUCUUAGCUGGGAGCUCGUGACGUCUCGACUGCUUCAUGAAGAAAUGAAGCGGAAGGAGCAAGGAAGUAAAGGUGAUGAAGCUUCGCAAGGUCAAGCGUUCAUCACAAGGGACAAUCAGCGCAAAGGGCGACCAGUGAAGAAGUCCUGGCCGUGCCACAAUUGCGGAAAGAUUGGUCACUGGAUGGCGGAGUGCCCCUCGCGCAUCCAAGAAAACACGGAGAGACACCGGCCACAGCGUGCUCAAGACAGCGGCGACCGCUAUCGAUCACAACGUGCAAACGUCGCUCAAGAAGAAGACUCGGGCGACUACCUCUUUUCGAUCGGUGAAACGACAUCUGCGAAAUCGAGCGACAUCUGGCUGGUCGACUCCGGGGCGACGCAGCACAUGACUGGGGACAUUGUCAUGUCGAUGAAGACACCCCAAGGGAUGAAGAAAGGUGUGCUCACAAACGUGUGGCACAUCCCAAAGUUAUCCAGAAACCUGUUCUCGGUCGGCCGCUUCACCAAGGAUGUCGGCCCAGUGACGUUCACGAAGGAUGGGUGCUAUGGAGAAGCGAAAGGGACCAAGUGGAAAAUUGGUGCCCGUGAAGGUAAAGGACUGUUCAAGCUGCAAAUGACUCCAGUGGCGCCGGAACAAGCAAAUGCAGCCAAGUCGUCGGGAUGUCAAGGGGGCACCAAGUCGUACCUCUGGCACCUUCGGCUUGGCCACAUAGGUCACGAUGGACUCAAUUGCAUCGUGACGAAGAACGUGGAAUUGGCAUCGACAUAUCUUCCGGUGAAGAAGUGGGACGUGUGUGAAGGUUGUGCUCUGGGAAAACAGACUCGAGUGCGCUUCCAAUCAAACACUACAGCUCGCACCUCCAAACUCCUCGAAGUGAUUCACAGCGACGUAUGCGGACCGAUGUCGAUGGCAACUUUCAGUGGAAAACGGUACUUCGUGACAUUCAUCGAUGACAAGUCAAGAUACUGUGUCGUCUAUCUGCUCAAGAGCAAAUCUGAAGUUGCGGCGAAGUUCAUGGAAUACGCUGCGAUGGCCGAAACGCAAACCGGAAAGCGCGUGAAGUACCUUCAAAGCGACAAUGGGGGGUGA